AUGGCAAGUCGUGGACGCCCGCGUGGAACAAGCUCGAACUCCUCAACCCUAGCAAAGCACAUGAAGGAGAUGGCCAAGGCAAUGAAGGAGCAGGCCCAAGCCACUACUCUGAUGGCUCAACAACUGUCCACUGGGGGCAGGGACCCCAAUACUCCCAGACUAGAGGAGGGACAAGACCGUACAACUUUUGCUGACUUCAAGAAGAUUGGUCCGCCUGAAUUCCGUGGGGCCCUCGACCCUGAUAAGGCAGAGGAAUGGCUGACAGAAAUGGAGAAAGUAUUCACAAUUUUUCCAUGCACUGAGGUGCAGCAAGUGAAUUAUGCUACCUUCAUGCUCAAAGCUGAUGCUGAAUUUUGGUGGGAUGGAGCAAGACGGUUGUUGGAGGAUGCUGGAACAGAUAUCAGCUGGGCCACCUUCAAGGAAGCUUUCUACAAGAAGUACUUCCCCCUUUCUGUUCGAGAGUCCAAGGAGAUGGAGUUUCUUCAGCUGAAGCAAGAUAGGAUGAGCAUUGCAGAAUACACAGAGAGGUUCGAGAGGCUCUGCAAAUUUUCCGCAAUGUAUAAGGCUAAUCCAGAUGAAAAGUGGAAAUGUAUGAAGUAUCAAGGAGGGCUCAGGGCAGAGAUCCUAACCGCAAUAGCCCCACUGGAAAUCCGGGAGUUCUCCUCCCUUGUUAGAAAGUGCCAAGUGAUCGAGGAAUGCACCAAGAAACUAGCAUCAGAAAGAAGCGAGGCUUUCAAGAAAAGGCAGCUGAAUCAAGGAUUCUCUCAGCAGCUGUCGUAG